CGUCGAGCAGCAUGCAGAGACGGCCCCAAGUUUCGCUGUUGCUCGGUCAUGGAGGGCUGCCCUUGCAAAGCGAGUGAAGAAGCAGUUCAAGCUCAACGACAAGACGAAUGCCUCCAAGCAAGCCAGGCUGCAGGCACCGCGAUGUCCGAGGGCACGAGUUUUCAGUGUGCCUGCCCGAGAUCGCCGUGAAUAUUUUGGCUCAGAUCGCGGCGGAGAGCGCCGUGAAGGUUGCAUGAAUCGAGGGGGUCGCUGGGCAAGCGCUCCCUCGACUGGGGCGGCCUGUCAGCAGGCCGACGUCACGGGCCUCCGUCGACCGCGCCUCAAGGGAUGGUGGCCGUGGUGGGCCUGGCCUACUGGCCUCUCCUACUGUGGGUGCCCAUCCUGGUCGUACAGACCCUGGCCGUGUUCUACAUGGGCAGAGGUCUGCAGGGAGCCGUGCGCAGCAUCACGUCCAUCCUCUUCGACACUCCGAUCUCCAAGUUCCUCUCGAUACUCUGGGUAGUCAUGCUCGUUCUGGGCCUCGACUGCGCCCGCAGCAUCUUCACCGCGCCGGCUCAGCAGGUCAGCGGGGUCCCCACUUUCGAGGCCUACGCGGCCAAAGAGGGCUUCCUGGUCCUCCUGGUCAACCUUGUCAUCAUCCCCGCGAUCGCGGUGGUGCACACUCUGAAUGGGGAGGUGAUCAAGGCGGAGAGGGACCGCGAGAUGAUCAAGAAGCAAGCAGAGCAGCAGUCGCAGUUCACAAAGAACCUCCUCGCGUCGGAGGACAAGAAGGCGACAUCGGGCGUGCCGGCGGAGUCCAGCAUGCCCGCGGCGAAGGCACCAGAGGAGGCCGCGCGCGAGCGCGGCGCGGCUGGCAAGGCUGCCGGAGAUGGGAAGGCGGACUGAGGCGCAGGGCGUGCGACGUGGCCCGCAGACGCGCGCCACGGACAUCGAAGAAGAGACACGUGCACCAGCACACACUUUUCGGAGGUCCGCGCGGAGUUCUUGGAAUUGGCGCUGGGCCCCCGCUGGCGGCGCCUCCGGCGCCGCUAGCGGGCGCGCCCUGCUCGGCAGGAAGGGGGGCCAAAAGCGCUGAUCCGAGAAGUCCGCGCGGACCUCCGAAAUGUUGUGUCUGUGUAGUUUUUUGUUCCUCCAGUCCAGCCCCAUAUCUUCCACCGCACCGGGGGGCCAGGACCAGUUUUGGUUUCUCUGCCGCGAGGCCCUCUGUGCGCACACCAUCCGCCGCAACGAGGGCGUCGCACCUGCAUGCACGCGUUUUCUCCCCCAGCCGUGCCGGAUGACAGCCGGCCCUUCCAGCCCGAAGCAGCCCGUAGGGCCACCCGAGUGCACAAAAUGCAUCGCCCCCGCCGAAGAGACCUUCAGUGCCGCUCGGAGAGCGAGAAUGCGGCAUGAACACAGUCUCUCGG